AAGGAAAUGGACAGGGGUCAGUUAGCUGGCCGAUGAGCUUAUCUGAAUGCUUCCAAAAAAUCGCGAUGUUUUUUGUUUGCGACUUCAUGUGUACAUUACCUGGGGCGGAUUAUCUAGCAUAAUGAAAAUUGUUUUUGAAGCGAUUGUACAAUAACUCUCUUUUUUUCCUACCUUCCACCAUGGCGUGUCCGAUUCCACUUCGAGUUAUGCGCCGCAUUUCCUCUGUCAAACCCCAGAACUUUCGCCCAGUUGCGCCAAUUCGACGAAGCUUUCUCUCUCUCCCGGGCUCCGAGCUCAUUACUCUGAAGGAAACUCGGAUACUCCCUUACAAAUCUUCGAGCUUAUAUACCCUGAUCGCCGACGUGGACCGCUACUCAAGCUUCAUACCUUACUGUCAAGAAUCCCGAGUCACAAAAUGGUCGGAACCAGAUACGAAGGGGAAGAAAUGGCCCGAGCAAGCAGACCUGAAAGUUGGAUGGGGAGGAUUCGAGGAGACAUUCACAAGCAAACUCAAUUGCGUCCCAGACACCAUUGUCGAGGCCCUCGGAGGUGAUGCUGUACCAGCCGUUUCAAAACAACAUUCACUUGGUCGCCUUUCGAGAAUAGAGUCUCCUGCUAUACCCAAUAACAUCUUCAAACGGUUAUCAACGAGGUGGACUGUGAAGCCGCUUUCAGGACAAUCCGCUACGCCUGGAGUAGCUCGUGUUCUGACAGAGGUGAACCUGGCGAUUGAAUUUCAAUUCUCAAACCCAUUGUAUGGAUCUCUGAGUAAAGCGGUUGCUCCGAAACUGGCAGAGGUUAUGAUUGAGGCGUUUGAGAAGAGGGCGAAGUUGUUGCUGGACAGCCCAAGGCAGGGGUAGGAACUUGAUGAGGGGUUACAACAGAGGAAGGCAACGAUUAUGAGUGUGCUGCAUAUAGAUGGCGUUGGGGGGGGUCGGAAAACCUAUAAUACUGUACAUACAAAUUCCAACAUUCGGUCACACUG